CCUCCCUCUCUGUUAGCGGUCACUGCACACCAGGGUUUAGUGUGAGCUCGGCAGAUAGAUAGAUGAGAAAGAGGAGUGGAGGCAUGGAUGGAUAGUUUUCCCCUCCUUUUUUCAGCAUUUCUACAGGAAGACUGGAGACGAGGGGUGACCAGCAGACGCUGGACCAUCGUCUCAUACUGGCUUGCGUGGACAAAGCCCAGUUGUCAUGGAUACCAUCUCUUGUUACAUGGUUACUAAAUCAUCAUCUGAAAUUAUAUGUGACUGUUGACCUUUUGAUUUGGAAAGUAGAGGGGCACAUUCUUAGUAACGUCCACAUUGCAGCGAGUCAUGAUGGAUUUCUUCUUCCAACGGCGUUUUUGUUAUCGCCGGAAAAAACGACAGGAGCACCCAACAGCACGUCAGCCUGGUCCUGCUGUCCAGACCAGUAAAGCCAGGAGGCGCUCUAGUGUUGGUCUGCCCUCUGUAGCACUAGCACAGUCCAGACGUUCCUCUAUUGGGUUGCCUCCAGUUUGUGCUGACCAGCGCAGGCGCCCCAGUGUUGGCUUACUGGUGGCCAGUGGUCCAAGGCGGCUAUCAGUUAUAGAGCUGGGAUUGACACACGGCAGUGAAGCAUCUGUAGAAUCUGGAAUAGGAGCAGAGAGAGGAUAUGUAGCUAUAAAGAGAGGAAGAAGAGCAUUUCAGCAUAAACAUCACCAAGCCCGCCGAGCCUCUGGCAGCGGCUCCGGAGUGCAUCAUGGGCUACCGCUGCGACGUCCAUCUAAAGUCAAAUCCAUUGAACCUCAUUUACUUGGGUCCUCUAUGUUACUUGCGAGUGUGGUCCAGAUGGGAAAAGGAGUGAAUGAGAAGGAAGGAGAAGAAGAGGAAGACGAGGAGCUGGAUAUUUCCCUGUGCUCCUUCUCUGAGUCAGAUGGAGAAGAACCUGGCGAUGAAGAAGUAGACAACAGAGACGGAGGAAAUCCAAUACAUCUAACUCAAGGUGUCAUUAUGAAAACCAUUAAACCCCACCCCUUGCUUCGCCCUCCUCGCUGUCUCAGAAGAAACUCCUCCCAACUCCUCCCAGAAGUUUAUGGUCGAUAUAAUCGACGAAGUUCUAAUGAACUUUACCAGAUGUCAAAUAAACCAUUCCAGACCUCCACGACCAGCCCCAGUCUGAGUCAGAUGGCCUCAGCAGGCCUGAGCUCUGAUCCUGGGUCUGCUGAGACUGAUGUAACCUCCUCGGGGUCUACGCUGCAUAAGAGCUGUUCUUCACCUCUUGGGGGCCAAGAGGGAACCAUAUACUACGAUCCUUAUCUGGAUACGUGGGAGAACUUCCUGUCGAAAGCGAUCUCCAAGUCUGGCCUGCACCAUCUGGCCUGUCAACCCAGCACAUCGUCUCUGAACAGGACCGACCCAGAAACAAGUAUCCGCAGUACUCUGGACUGGACUGAAUCAGCUGUGUAUGGAGAUCACAUCUGGUUUGAGACGAAUGCGUCCGGUGAUUCCUGUUACGUGGGAGAACAGCAUUGUAUUGCCAGAGCACUGCAAAAGUCCGUCAGUCGAAGGAAGUGUUCCGCCUGCAAAAUCGUCGCCCACACCAUCUGUAUAGAACAACUGGAGAAGCAGUGGACAGCGGGUUGUCUUGAACUGUCCCUCCUGUCUGACCUGCAGUUUCCCAGCUCUAAGGCCAUUCUGUUGGAGGCCAGCCCGCCCCUCAGUGACCCCAACUUUAGAAUAAACUUCAGGUGUAAACCAUCUUUCAGAGAAUCGGGCUCGAGGAACAUUCGAGAGCCCAUUGUGGUGCGUCAUCACUGGGUGCAUCGGAGACGGCAAGAAGGCAAAUGCAAACAAUGUGGGAAGGGCUUCCAGCAAAAGUUUGCUUUUCACAGCAAAGACAUAGUCGCCAUCAGCUGCUCCUGGUGCAAACAGGCUUACCACAACAAGGUUUCCUGCUUCAUGCUGCAGCAGAUUGAGGAGGCUUGUCCAAUCGGGGCUCACGCUGCCCUCAUAGUUCCGCCCUCAUGGGUCAUCCGGGUCCGACGCAAUCAGUCGUCUAUGAAGUCGAGCAAGAAGAAGAAGAGAACGUCGUUCAAGAGGAAAAGCAGCAAGAAAGGGGCAGAGGAAGGACGCAUGUGGAGGCCGUUUAUCAUCCGACCCAUCCCCUCACCGCUGAUGAAGCCACUGCUGGUGUUUGUCAACCCCAAGAGUGGAGGGAACCAGGGAACUAAGAUCAUGCAGUCCUUCAUGUGGUAUCUCAACCCAAGACAGGUGUUUGACCUGAGCCAAGGAGGACCAAAGGAAGGCCUGGAGCUGUAUCGUAAAGUCAACAACCUGAGGAUCAUGGCCUGUGGAGGAGAUGGAACUGUGGGCUGGAUCCUGUCUUGUCUCGACGAGCUGUCAAUAAACCCUCAGCCUCCUGUUGCCGUGCUGCCACUCGGGACAGGAAAUGACCUCGCUAGGACCCUCAACUGGGGAGGGGGCUACACAGACGAACCUCUGUCUAAGAUCCUGUCCCACGUUGAGGACGGCACCGUCGUCCAGCUGGACAGGUGGAAUCUGCAGGUGGAGCCGAACCUCAGUGCAGCGGCUGAACUGGACGAACAACAAAGUGAUAAGCUUCCUCUAGAUGUUUUCAACAAUUAUUUCAGUCUGGGAUUUGACGCUCAUGUGACUCUAGAGUUCCAUGAAUCCAGAGAGGCCAACCCAGAGAAGUUCAACAGUCGAUUUAGGAAUAAGAUGUUCUAUGCUGGGACGGCGUUCUCAGAUUUCCUGAUGGGAAGCUCCAAAGACCUGUCCAAGCAUAUCAAAGUGGUGUGUGAUGGGACGGAUUUAACAUCGAAGGUUCAGGACUUGAAGCUGCAGUGUCUGGUCUUCCUCAACAUCCCCAGGUACUGUGCGGGCACAACACCGUGGGGAAAUCCCAGUGAGCAUCACGACUUUGAACCUCAACGCCACGACGACGGAUACAUCGAGGUCAUCGGAUUCACUAUGACGUCACUGGCUACUCUCCAAGUUGGCGGCCAUGGCGAGAGGUUGAACCAGUGCAGAGAAGUCACCCUCACCACCACUAAGCCUCUCCCAGUACAGGUGGAUGGAGAACCGUGCAGACUUGCUCCCUCUGUCAUUCACAUCAGCCUCAGGAACCAGGCCAACAUGAUCCAGAAAACCAAACGACGGACCUCACUGCCACACCUCAACGAUCAGCAGCAGGUCCCCGAGAGGCUGAGGAUCAGAGUCAGCAGGAUCGGUAUGACCGACUAUGAGGCUCUGCACUACGACAAGGACAAACUACGGCAAGCAUCCAUUCCUCUGGGCCUGAUCGUGGUUCCUGGUGACAGUGACUUAGAAACCUGCCGAGAACACAUCCAGCGCCUGCAGGAGGAGGAGGCCGGCAAACCAAAGAUCCUCUCCUCGCAGAGGUUAUCUCCAAAGUGGUGUUUCCUUGACUCAACGACAGCGGAUCGCUUCUACAGGAUCGACAGAGCACAGGAGCAUCUCAACUACGUAACCGAAAUCUCCCAGGAAGAGCUUUUCAUCCUGGACCCUGAGCUCAUCGUCACCUCGACCGUCGGCACCUCCCCCUCUGACAGUCUUGACGUAGCGACCCCUGCCUCCAGCCUGGUGAACAGCAGUUGUUCUCAGAGGCAGCGGGUGAACAGCGACAGCUCCGCAGCCGAGGCUUUCGCGGCGCCCGUGGCCAGCAAACUCACCAGGGCCGGCUGCAUCCAUCGCUCCAACACCACUGCUGCCGAUUUUAAACCGAGACUGAGACGAGAGCAGAGCCAGAAGACGGAAGACACCGAUGGAGAGAGAGAGAAAGCACCGGGGAGCCGCCUCUGUGACGACACAACUCCGCCCUGAUUGGCUGAAAGCUUCACUGACACGCAUGGCCCGUCUCACAAUUUUUAUCCUGAGAAAAUCCAGUUCCAUUAUCUGCUGUUUAUUUCUCUCCGUUAAAAAAAGGUUGUGAUGUAUUCGUUCUCUUUCUGGCAGUUAUUUGUUUACACACUUUGUACAUCGGUUUUAAUUUUCAAGCUGUUAAAAACGGUUUAGUUGUUUAAAAUAAGUGAUGCUCUCGUAGAUUGUAUUUUUAUCUUUGACUUUUUUUCUUUACUGAAUGUUAAAUUCGAACAAACUGGAAGUUGUUGAGAAGGUAAACAAACUAUACAAGGAAUAUUUAAGGCAUAAAGCACAUGUAUGAAAGUACGUGUAUGUGUAUAUAUACUUAUAUAUUUCUAUAUCUUUGGUAUAGAUAAGAGGGGUUUUGUGUUUUGUUUUUUUACAGUACACCUUUACAGUUAUUACAUGUGUAACUUUUCCCUCAUAUAACUUAACCCCAUCACCCUGUGUCUUAAGUGAAACUGUACUUUGAUUUAAUUGAGAUGUGAAAAGACUUUAGAUCGAUUGUCUGAUGCGCUACAGGAAGUAGAAACGGUCAUAUCACAUUGUCGCAUGAAAUCCGCCCCCAGUCAGACCGAGUCCACACAGCCAAUAGGAAGGCCUGGCUCGUCAUUGGUCGAGUCGUGGUGGUCACACUUCACUGCGAUUGGCUCAGAUGUUUUCAGAGCCAUGUGAUUGGUUGAGAAUCAAGACAGAUGCAUUUAAACAAUUCUGAAUAUCAUGAAAAUGUGACAUAUUUUCCGUCAGAUAUAUAAGAAAGUGCAAGUUUAUAAAAUACAAGACUCAUUACAUGUAAACUACAUUGAUAAUGAAGGCCUACAGCCGGGAAAAAAGCAUCUCAAAAUAUUACAAUAUUUCAUUACGAGUUUGAGUACAUUUCUAUUUAUAUCGUAUAAAUACAGUGUUGUAUUAAAAGUUGUCUGGAAGAUGGAGGACGAGUCACAUAAUGUCUUUGCUGAUCGCUGAGCUCCUCAUCAAAACAAAUUCAUGGGAAGUUGGACUGAAACUGGAGUCAGUGCAUCGAGAAGACGUCUUUAGCAAAUGGACGACGACUGUCCCAUUCCUCUCGUACCAGGUCGGUCCUGAACCAGAGACCUCAGAGGUGUCUGAACUGGGCUGAGGGGCAAAAGAACUGGACCGGUGCUCGGGGGUCCAGAGUCUUUUCAGAUCCGACGCCACAUCGAGAUGGUCAUUUGUGCUAAAGGAUUGACUGCAUGGACUUACUUGUCAGAAGUCGGAUAUCUCUGAAUUUUAAAUGUAAUCUAUUUUUGAAUGAUCAUGCAUGGGAAAUAUUUAGAUAUUUAGAGAUGAACAACUGGAUUUUUCCGAUUUUUAUGAGCUCUAAGCCGUAAUCUUCAAAGUAAAAAAAAAUAAUUUCACAUGUAAUGAAUCUAGAACAUGGCAAAGUUUUACUUUUUGGAAAUAAAUGACUUCAACAAA